AUGUGGCGCUGGCGCGGUCGUUCCUCUCCGCACGUCAGGCCCGCCCCCGCCGCGUCUCGCCUGCCAGCCAGCUGGCAGCCCGGCAGCCCGGCCAUCGCUCAUUUCGGCCCUAUCGCCGUUCGUGUCGCUGAACUUAUAGCGCGCUUCCGCGACAACACGGCCGCGGCUGGACCCCGAGCUGUCGGUGGGCGAGACGGGCGGGCUGCUGGACAGCUCGGCGGCGCGCCACAAGCUGUCGGUGCGGCCGCGCAGGAAGCACGCCGACCCCCGCCAGAGGGACCGCGACGAGCCCACCUCACCCACCGACCCGGAGGCCAGGUGGCUCGUGCGACGAUGCGACGACCCUUCGACGCAGGGCUGGGUGGCCGCCAAGUUCCUGGUGCGCGCCACGGACGACGUCGGCCCAGAGAGCCAGCUGCGCGCCGAGGUCGCCUGCCGGAGGAGGGAAUGGUCGAGUAG